GGAGGGCGUGUUCAAAGCACAGUGAGGUGGACCUGGAAGCGUUGCAGUUGCAUGAUGUUAGGGAAAGUGGACAUUACUCCUUCAGCCAUUAUAGAGGUGUGUACCUUUUGAAGGGAGAGCUUGCUUUGUCGGACCCGAAACUAAAUAUGGCUGAUCUCCAGGCUAAAUUUGACACAGCAGCAGCUGAGGUAAAGCAACUGAAGGCGAAGCCAACAGAUGAUGAGAUGCUGCAGGUCUACUCCCUGUUCAAGCAGGCCACCGUAGGUGAAGUCAACACAGGUCGUCCUGGGAUGUUUGAUUUCACUGGGAAAGCUAAAUGGGAUGCCUGGGAGAAGCAGAAAGGCAAGAGCAAAGAGGAUGCCAUGAAUGAGUAUAUCAACCUGGUGGGGCAGUUGAAGCAAAAAUAUGGAUUCUAAUGUCACAUGAUAACCAUAAAAUAGCUUGGCCAACUGCUGGAUGGACUGAGAGCACUAGCAUGAGACCACCACCACUUGUCCCCCAUCAUGAUGCUGAGAAAUGCCUUGGAGUGUGUCCUUUCACAACAUGUGAAUAACCAUCGAUUCACAAUCCAAAACUGUCCUCCACCAUCAUAUGAGUACCAUCAUAUUUUAGUUAAUGAUUUCAAACACACAUCUACACAGAAUCCUGCCAUUUCAAAAUAAAAUAUUUUUUCUCAAAA